AUGGCGGAGAGUCCGACUGAGGAGGCGGCGACGGCAGGCGCCGGGGCGGCGGGCCCCGGGGCGAGCGGCGUCGCCGGUGUUGUUGGCGUUAGCGGCGGCGGCGGGUUCGGGCCGCCUUUCCUGCCGGAUGUGUGGGCGGCGGCGGCGGCAGCGGGCGGGGCCGGGGGGCCAGGGAGCGGCCUGGCUCCGCUGCCCGGGCUCCCGCCCUCGGCCGCUGCCCACGGGGCCGCGCUGCUUAGCCACUGGGACCCCACACUCAGCUCCGACUGGGACGGCGAGCGAACCGCGCCGCAGUGUCUACUCCGGAUCAAGCGGGAUAUCAUGUCCAUUUAUAAGGAGCCUCCUCCAGGAAUGUUCGUUGUACCUGAUACUGUUGACAUGACUAAGAUUCAUGCAUUGAUCACAGGCCCAUUUGACACUCCUUAUGAAGGGGGUUUCUUCCUGUUCGUGUUUCGGUGUCCGCCCGACUAUCCCAUCCACCCACCUCGGGUCAAACUGAUGACAACGGGCAAUAACACAGUGAGGUUUAACCCCAACUUCUACCGCAAUGGGAAAGUCUGCUUGAGUAUUCUAGGUACAUGGACUGGCCCUGCCUGGAGCCCAGCCCAGAGCAUCUCUUCCGUGCUCAUCUCCAUCCAGUCCCUGAUGACUGAGAACCCUUAUCACAAUGAACCUGGCUUUGAGCAGGAGAGACAUCCAGGAGACAGCAAAAAUUACAAUGAAUGUAUUCGGCAUGAGACCAUCAGAGUGGCGGUCUGUGACAUGAUGGAAGGAAAGUGUCCCUGCCCUGAACCCCUACGAGGGGUGAUGGAGAAGUCCUUCCUGGAGUAUUAUGACUUCUAUGAGGUGGCCUGCAAAGAUCGUCUGCACCUUCAAGGCCAGACUAUGCAGGACCCUUUUGGAGAGAAGCGGGGCCACUUUGACUACCAGUCCCUCUUGAUGCGCCUGGGACUGAUUCGUCAGAAAGUGCUGGAGAGGCUCCAUAAUGAGAACGCCGAAAUGGACUCUGAUAGCAGCUCGUCUGGGACAGAGACAGACCUGCACGGGAGCCUGAGGGUUUAGACCCUGCUCCCCUCUCCCCUCCCCCCACUCGAGAGUCCCAGCAAAGUCCCUUCCCCCCACCCCAGGGAUGGAGAGGCACUUGUGUAUCUCCCUCCAAAUGUGACAUCAUCCCGCAAGAUGGCAAGAACCAAGCAAGCUUGGAUCCCAGGGUGUGGAAGUGGGGAGGCUGUUCCCGAUCUGACCUCCUUGGCUCUCGAGCAUCUGGGGCUGUGUUCAUCCCAUAUCAGGGGCCAAGGUACCUAUGCAGGAGCACCUAGGGCGAGGGCCUCUGGCAAAAACAAAACAACCAACACACCUCUCCACAGGGCCAGCUCCUUAGGGACAGGUGGAGACAGAAAUUGCAAUUCCUAGAGGGAGUGUGCCCAAAUGAUUUAUGGGGAUAUCUGGAAGGGAGCUUGGGGUGGGGGGCUGUCUGUGACACUUAAGCAGUCUGGGUGGUUGUCUGUCUGUCUGUCUUCAGUUUUGAAGCAGGGCUUCCCAAUGCCCUUUUCCUCCCUGCCUCUUUACCCCCAUCAUUUCCCACAGGCCAGCAUAAUUUUGUUUUUCCUAAUUUAUAGUCACUGUUCUAGACAGACCAAAGAGAA